UAUGGUUGAUGCUACAUCAGUUCUCUUGUCCAUUGCCAUGGCCAUUGGCCCUGUGGUGGGCUAUGUAGACCAAUACUUUAUGAUUCGUCGCAAACAAUCGAGUGCCGGUUUCAACUCUAUUACUUGUGCCAUUCUUCUUUUUGCAAAUAUCUUGCGUAUCUUCUUUUGGUUCGGGAAACGAUUUGAUGUGACGCUGCUGAUACAAUCCAUUAUCAUGAUUAUCGCCCAACUUUUACUUUUGGAGAUUGUGGUUCGAUAUCGGCAUGAUCCCGCUCCUUCGGCGCUUUACAGCAACAUCCAGGCAUCGUUUUCCUCUUCAUCAAUUGAUGAUGAGUUGCGGGCCGAGGAAGAAGGGGCUGAUUAUCGCCCUGACCGCUGUUGGCAUCCAGGCAGAUUUUGGUUAUGGGACCGUUAUCUGGAUUAUAUCAACUGCCUGUUACUGGUCACCACCGUUCUUGCUGUCCUUUACUUCUUUCUCCGCUCCCAUCCUGUCUUUUUCGAAAUUCUAGGAACCGUCAGUCUCGGCAUCGAGAGCACAUUACCAUUGCCGCAAGCUUUCUCCAAUUACAAGCGCCGAUCCACAGUAGGCUUUAGCUUGCUUGUGUUAGCCACUUGGUUCCUUGGUGACAGUUUCAAGCUAUUUUACUUUAUUUAUACCCAUGCCCCACUUCAGUUCGAUAUUUGCGGAGCCAUUCAACUGUCCAUUGAUUCAGUGAUCGUUUUACAAUUUAUUCUAUUUUCCGAUCGCGUGAAACGAUGGUGGAGAAAUCAACGAAGCUACCGGUCAGCUUCACAUCGUGCCGGAGAACCGACAUUGAUGGGCCCGGAAGACGAUGAAUAUUAGUUGGUGCAUUUUACAUUCAUCGAUUCUAUCGAAACUUCACAAUCAAUCGCAUGAAGAAUGGCUCGCUGGUAGCCGACGGAUUCUUAUUGCAUUUUGACCUCACUUUUCUAUAGACUUUGUAUGGCAAUUAUUUUGCCUCUUAUAUUGUGUAUUUAAAUUAUUAAAUAUUUGUAUCCUCCAAUCUGCCUGCAUGUAAUGCUACUACAGAACCGUGCGGUAAUCAUCAACAACUCGUCAAAACAUCAAGUUUUUCCCCAACACAAAAUCCUUUUAAUC